UAUACGUAACCAUUGUGGAUUACAUGAAGAGCUUUUGCGAAACUGAUUUGUUGACAGCUUCAGAUUGUGUUGUAAUCAACCACCUGUGCCUGGAAUAUACACCUGAGUCAAUUACGGAAAGAUUGAAAGAAUAAGGAGCCCCUGUAAUCCAACUCAAAGGCUGAAUUGAUGCGGUGCUUUCUAGUUCUCAAAAGGUUGGUUGUGAGAUAACCAGCUGAAGAUGGCUGAGGCAGCUGAGGCCACAGCUAAAACCAUGUUAGGUGAGAUCAGCCAGGGUCACCUGGAAUGCCCCAUCUGCUUCUGUCGUUACAAAGAUCCCAAGAUACUGGACUGUCUCCACACCUUCUGCCUCAACUGUCUGGAUGGGAUGUUGAGCAAACAGCAGCCGAGUACAGGCAAGAUCACAUGCCCGGUCUGCAGGAAGGAAACCCCGGUGCCGGAUGCUGGCUUGCCCGGUCUACUCGAUUGUUUCUUCUUGAGUUCCCUGGUGGAUGAGAUCAACCAGCAGGAGCGGUCGCUGGAGACCCAGCAGCAAGCAACGACUUCACCGACGUGUGACCAAUGCGACGAGGGGUUGGAGGUCGUCUCGCGAUGUCUAGACUGCGAGGAAAAUCUGUGCCAGCUAUGCAAGGCAGCUCAUGUACGAUUCAAACGCACCAAGACACAUCGGGUCACACUGAUUGAACACCUGGAGCAGAAGGAUGUUCCUUCGGCAGAUCUCAGCAAGACGUAUUCUCUGAAAUGUCCGAAGCACGCUAACCAGGAGAUGCAUUUUUACUGUGAGACGUGCAAGAUGUUGGCGUGCGGCACAUGCGCAGCAAUCGAUCACCGAUCGGCUGAACAUAAAUACAGUGAAAUUGCCAACGCCAUCAGAUCGUAUCGUGAAGAAGUCAAUGAUGUCUUGCAGAAGUUUCAGAGUAGUAAAGAGGAAUUCAAAGCUAAUGAGGAGUCGGUGGAGCACGCUAGAAACAGACUAAAAAUAAUGGUAAACCGGGCCUGCAGCGACAUUCAGGCAAAGAAAGAAGAGGAGAUUGCCAAAAUCGAGAGAAAGUCUCAACUUCUCACAGACAAGGUAACUGAAAUUGGCAAGAAGAGAGAUGAGGAGUUUGAAAAAGUUCACACCAACAACAAGAAGAAGAUGAAGCGAGCUGAGGAGAUCGAGGCAGCCGUGACCGACUUGAUGAAACAAGCUGACGACUUCGAACUCUUGAAUUUGAAGCCUAAGGUGAUGCACAACCUGGAAUUCCAGAAGGAUCUCAAGUUUGAGCGAGUGAAACACGGUGAAUCUUUCAUCGGAGUCAAAUGCCAAGACGUUGUGCUCGACAAAGACCUUGGUGAUAUACUUCAUGAAGAGAAAUGGAAGUUGAAGACCGAGUUUGGGAAGCAAGGAGACGGGGACGGUGAAUUCAGAUGGGCAAGAGGCGUGUGCUGCUUUAGCAAUGGCGACAUCGCUGUCAACGAUAUAAAAAAUAAGCGGAUAUCUGUGUUUACUUCAACAGGACAACACAAAACCAAAUUUGAUCUAAACACAUUGUAUGGUAUUUCAGUAACGUCGGAUCUACUUUUGGCAAAUUGUGGAGAUCAUGUAAAGGUUUUUGACAAAAACUGUCAAUUGAAUUCUGAGUUCAACCUGUCGAAGCCUGAUGUAGGGGAUGAGCCUUACAUCAACACAAGCGGUACCACGGUUGACAAGGACAAUUUGGCAGUAGUGGUCAAUCAGCAAAGGAGGGUCACAUCUCUAUACAAUCUGGACGGAUCCCUAAUCAGAGACAUCCCCGGUGCCCCUAUUCGUCAAGAGGAUAUUGCCAUGUGCAACAAAGGCCGUUUGGUUUCCGCAGCGUAUCACUGCAGUGCAUUACGAUGCGUAGAAAUAACGGGAAAAGAAAUGUUUACUGUCAGCACUUCUCUGGGUGACAAAGAGGCGAAACCAGCCGGUGUAUGCUGCGAUGAUGCGGGCGACAUCUAUGUUACCCUUCACUGUGGUGACAUCGGUGAAGUGCACCACUAUGAUUCCCAGGGGGUCUACGUUGAUUGUGUAGCGAAACAAUUGUGGUGGCCAUGCGGCAUUGCCUUUUCCCCAAACGGUGAACUUGUAGUGGCUGAUCAGAACUCUGUCAAGAUUUUUCACCGAGUGUGAACUUGCUAAUGAGGGCAUAUAAAAUAUUACAUGGCACCAAUGUCGAAUAUCAUAGGUAGAACAGAAUAUUAAUACUCAUCAAAACACGGAGUGUUGUGAAUGAUCCCGCAACGAAAAAUUCAUGCUAACGUCGGGAAGCUUAGAAAAUUGUGCAAGACAUGAAGAACUGUCCCGAUAUUAGGUAUUUAUGAACAGACGAUUAUUACAGGGGAAAAUUCAUUUGAAGUUGGACACAGCACAAUGAUCAAGGGAGUGAUGGCAUUUAAAAAUGCGGCAAAUAAUAACGUCUCUAAAACAAUGCGCCCCACUUUUUUUUAAUUCAUAUUCAUUAUUGUUGCUCUUAUUUUUUUCUGCCAACAAAUGAUUUCAGAAGUCUUCUGAAACCCUAAAAAAAUAUCAGUUAUGCUUAAGUUUUGAAUGGAUGUUAGUAAACAUUAGAUACAAGGUUACGCACAGCCAGGGAAUAUGAGGUAUACCAAAGGAGAGGAAAUAUGUGGUUUCGAAAGGAUAGACAUCAAAGGGAAAUAUUUGUACAAAGUGAAAAUAAGUCUAUUCAGAGGACAUAAACGAUGGCUUUGUUCAAGGGCAAGAUGAUGGGAAUGAAAUUACUGGAAAUACGCUGCGGUCAUUUACCAUUCAAACUGUGAGGGAAUAUAAGGUAUACCAAAGGAGAGGAAAUAUGUGGUUUCGAAAGGAUAGACAUCAAAGGAAAUGUUUGUACAAAGUGAUAUACUUUUAUAAUUUAAUUCAGAAAAGAAACAUACUCUUUUUUUGUUUUUAAAACCACUAACAAUAGCCUCCGUGCAUCGGACGUCAUGA